AUGCCAGAAAGCUUGAGAAACUGCACAACAUUGUACAGAGUUCGCCUUGAUGGAAAUCAAUUUACUGGGAAUAUUUCUGAAGACUUUGGUGUUUAUCCGAACUUGUACUACAUAAACCUAAGUGACAAUAAAUUUUACGGCGAAAUUUCACACAAAUGGGGCAAGUCUUUGCAGCUAACAAAUUUUGAGAUUGCAGGGAACAACAUCACUGGUUCCAUACCACCUGAGAUUGGAAACUUGACUCGACUUCGUUUGCUUAAUCUUUCCUCAAAUCAUUUAGUCGGGAGGAUCCCUAUGGAACUCGGAAGGCUGACUUCUAUGCUGAAGCUUAUACUGAAUGACAAUCAACUUUCUGGUGGUGUACCUCAAGAACUCGGAUCACUGAUUGAACUCGAGUAUCUUGACCUGUCCACAAACAAUUUGAGCCAGUCGAUACCAAGUAGUAUUGGGGACCUUGCAAAACUUCACCACCUGAAUUUGAGCAAAAACAAGUUUAGCCAUGGAAUGCCAAUUCAGUUGGGCAUGUUACUGCAGCUGUCAGUGCUGGAUUUGAGUCAUAACAUUCUUGCUGGAGAGAUACCAACUGACUUUUCCAGUUUGGAUAGUGUGGUGACACUAAAUCUCUCCCACAACGACCUUUCUGGUGUUAUUCCAAGUUCUUUUGUUGACCUGCGCGGCUUGGAGUUUGUCGACAUAUCAAACAAUCAGUUAUCGGGUCCAAUUCCAAAUAACAAAGCACUCCAAGAGGCUCCUGAGGAAGCAUUGCAAGGAAACAACGGUUUGUGUGGCAAUGCAACAGGUCUAGUGCCCUGCAACAAUAGUAUUGGCGAAAAGAAGCAUAAAUCGAAAAUUGGUUCCAUAGUUGUGUACAUAAUCUUGCCAACUGUGGUGGGGGCAAUUGUAAUUGCCUCCAGUGGAAUUUUCUCACUUUAUUAA